AUGCGAGGGAGUUAUUUGAGAUCAGGCAAUCAGGGAAGGCCCUCGGGGGUCUCCCCUGGGGUCUCUGUGUCCCCGCCCCGCCCCCGCCGGGGCCGCUGGACCGCGAGCUGCUUCUGGCUCCUGCUGGCCUCCCCACCCCCGCGCAUCUGCGCGCUCCUCCUGCGGCGAUUCUGGUCCUGCCCGCCAGGAGGGUGGCCCCGGGCCGGGUCGCCGCCGCGCGCGGCAGGAGGAGCCCGGGCGCCCGGCACGCGCCCAGACACCGGGGGGCGGGUGAUCCCAGCCGCGCGCGUGACUCCGCCCCGGCCCGCCCCAGCUCGCGCUCUGCGUCUAGCCCGCCCGGCGCCGCAGACGCUCCGGGUCCUCCGAGUCCUCCGCGGGCGCCGAGCCCGGCGCGCGGAGCCCAUGGAGCUGGCGCGGGGCGCGCUCCGUGCGAGCGGCGGGGCUGAGGCGCUGCUGGGCGAGCUGGAGGUGCGGGUCCAGGACAUGGUGAGGGUGAGCUCGUGGUGGGAGCGCCACGGCGUGGACUGCGCCAUCCUCGCGCUCAGCCUCCUCGCCUUGCCACCCGGGUUCCUGUGCCUGCGCUCUGAGAAUCUCCUGGUCUUUGCCCUGGGCAUCGCCAUCCUGGGUGUGUGCCACUACACGCUCACUGUCAAGGGCAGCCACCUUGCCACUCAUGGUGCCCUCACCGAGUCCAAACGCUGGAGCAAGAUCUGGGUGCUUUUCUUUGUGGAGGUAUGCACGUCCUUCACUGCAGAGCACGCCAAGUACGGACACGUCAAGAUGCACCAUGGCUACACCAACGUGCUGGGCCUGGGGGACUCGAGCACGUGGAGGCUGCCCUGCCUCAACCGCUACGUCUACAUGUUCCUCGCUCCUCUCUUGAUCCCCAUCAUAACCCCGCUGGUGGCUGUCGAACGGCUGAGAGAGGUGGAGCUCAGGACAGCCCUGCGGACGCUUGGCCUGAUUUCCCUGGGCCUUUAUUCUCACUACUGGCUGCUCCUGAAUGUGUCUGGCUUCCAGAGCCCCAGCUCAGCCCUGGCCUGCAUGCUUAUCACCAGAUCCCUGCUGGCCCACCCUUACCUUCACGUCAACAUCUUCCAGCACAUCGGGCUGCCCAUGUUCUCCCGGGACAAGAAGCCCCAACGGAUUCACAUGAUGAGCCUGGGGGUGCUUAACCUGCCCCGGCUGCCCGUGCUGGACUGGGCGUUCGGCCACUCCCUCAUCAGCUGCCACGUGGAGCACCACCUCUUCCCCAGGCUCUCCGACAACAUGUGCCUGAAGGUGAAGCCCGUGGUGUCCCAGUUCCUCCGUGACAAGCAGCUGCCGUACAACGAGGACUCCUACCUGGCUCGCUUCCGGCUGUUUCUCCACCACUACGAGGAGCUCAUGGUGCAGACCCCUCCCAUCACAGAGCUGGUGGGGCUGCAGUGAGGGGCGGCCGGCACAGUCACCCCGCUCUCCCUUCUGGGCCCACCCCCGCCUCUCCUGCCUCUGCCGGCCAUCCCUGGGGCUGGGAGGGCGCAGGCCCUUGCCCAGUGGGUGUGGCUCGGUUGCCUGGAGUGUGGAGGCGCGGGGUGGGCAGUGAGGCGGGGAGCUCAUGCUGGGGGCCCUGGGGGUCACCUGCCCUGCUUGCUUUCCCGGGUUUUGAGGAAUAUCUGGAGGAAAGGAAUAAAGGUGGCUGGGCAUUCUGGUCAAUCUGGACCUCAGCCAACUUCAUCUCAGGACUAAA